GGUGCAAACAAUCAACAGACGAGACGAGACAACAACAGAAAAGGAAAUCAGAGAGAAGCACUCGACAUCGACUGUCUGACUCAUUACUACAUCGAGUGGCUGGUUCCAGAGCCUGAGCCUAUUUCUAAUCCCAUCGGCAUCGCGUAGCGUUGUCGUGUUUGCCGUGCUAGGUUGCUGAAUAUUCAAGCUUGGUCCUAUGUUACAAGCAUAAACUGGUUUCUCAUUCAAUAAUUGUGGGUCCAUCAUGGGGCGUCAUGAUGGAGACUGCUCUGUGGCUCAGGCCAAAGCAAUGUGCCACUGUGCAUCACGCCGUCUUGUUGUCCACGUUGUUGAUGCUACUUCCCUUGUCUUCGUCCUCAUCCUCCAGGCGAGCAUCCUUAACUAUUACAUCAUUCAGUAUUACAAAAGUUCUGUCGGCCCUUACUUCUGGUUCAUAGGAGACUUUAUUUGUCUUUUUAUAUUUGCCGGUACUUUGACUACAUCCUACCGGUAUUUGACUCGAUGUAAGGAGUGUCAUCCAUGUAAGGGUGAUAAAUCAUUCUACCUCUCUCCCAAGCGUAUAGUCGCAAAUUUCCCCAUCAGCAAGCUUGGUAUGCUGCCAUUGAGCUAUGUAUCGUGGUUUUUGUACUCUUGUCUACUUUUGGCAAAAGUUAUUCUCAUCUUCAAGUCAGAGAUUCCGGAACAGGUGAAGCCAGAUGAGGCAUUUGGACCUCAGCUUUUGCAGAUUGCCAUUGCUCUGUCAGGAAUUAUCUUCCUUCUUCUUGUGGAAGGCCACAACUGGGCUGAACGAGGCUCUCCAAGAUACAUUUAUGUGACAGGAGUUUGUGGCAAAACUGGUAUUGAAAUCCUGGAUACUGUCUCGUUGCUGAGCAUCCUACUUACUGCAAGCACCCAGAGCUUCUUGACCACUUCACUUGAGAACACUGUCAUUAUCCUGUCUGCAUUCAACUUUUUCUUGCCAGUUUUAGCAUUGUACAAAUUAAGCUUGUGUGAUUUUGCUGCCCAUCCCUUCUCUCUACCCAUUGGCAUUCUCCACAAUCUUCUCCAUUUGUGCCUUGUAGAUGUGCCCUUCCUGUGUGUUCGAGUUUAUCUGUGGCUGUUUCACAAGCAACAUGCCUCUAUAUUCAUAAUGAAAAAUGUGUUCAGCAUUAUUUUAGUUUUACGUGGCAUGUAUCCGGACCUUGUCAAAUUUGGACAGACAUUCUGCCGUGUUAAACCUGCUGACACUGAGAAUGGGACAGGCAAUGCAACUGAGUUGGAAGGACUCAACAAACGAUCUGGAUCUGCAGAUAAUUUUGAGGAAAUUAACCUUGGUAGUGGAGAUAAGGAUGAAAACCUGGUGCAGCCAAUCCUGAAGAAAACUAUCAAGUCUGCAGACACAACCGUGAAAAUCUCAGCUUAGACUGUUGGGGCUUCUAUGAAACACAUUCUUAGAAUGUGUCCAGUAGCAGUAAUACCAAAUUUUUGUAAAUAUCAUGCAUGUUUGUGUUUCAAAUUCCUAUUGCAUUAUUGUGUGAUAGUAGAAAUGAGUAUGUCACAACAUAGACAUUUAGUCUUUACCAGUCUAACAUAUCUUCCUUUUCUCCUGUAAAAGGAACAUAUUGGUUUGUCGUAUUCAUGGUUUUACUGCUUGCCGUACUUUGGAACUUGCUUCCAUAUAUCUUUCUGAUAGCAUUAUAUUGUGGAUGAAUUAGUACUAUGUGUUGAUUUUUAAAGUAUUUCUUGCCAGAAUAAUUACACCAGGUUUACACUGGGGUUCUGCCAAAAGUUUGUCCCAUGAGGGAUCUUGUCUUACUCAUUGGAACUAACUACAUAAUUAUACAAAAUAGCUAAUUAAACUGUCUCAAGCAGUGACAUAAUGCUUAAUAUCCCAUUUAAAGUCCUUUUGUUUCUCUUCCCAAUUUUUUUCUUCCUUUUCUUUUUUGGUACUUUUGCUUUAUGGUAAUUGCAAGGCUGGUUUACACUUGCCCUGUGAUCUCAAAAGACUUAAGCAAUAUAAGUACUGUAUUCUUUCAGUACCAUAUUAUUUUAUGUACGUCUUAAAAUUAAUGAAUUAUAUAAAUAUGUAAACUAAUUAGGAUCAAUUGUUUAUGAUAGUUCCUAUGUGGAUUUAUUGAUUAUUAGAAGGAUAAUUAUGGCUUUGUUUGCUCAUUUACCAGUUUGGAGUUUUUGCACCAUCUAGAUGAGACCAUACUUUCAAGUAUAAGACUGACUUGGUAGGAAAAUUACUUUCAUGCUUGACAAAACUGUUUGUAUGUCAAACCUUCGACAUGGAGGUAGGUUCUCUAAAUUAAAGUAAAUGCCCUAUAAAUAGUUUUCUUCUUAACAAUGGGGACUAAUGAGUGGAGGAUACUGUCUUGAAAGCCUGGGGAUACUCAAAGUCAACAUCACAUGGCACAAGCCUCUUCUCACCCUACAAUAUAGGUCUGACUUCUUUUCUCAUAUGUCAUUUAGACAUGUAGUAUUUAUUCACCUGCUCAUUUUAUUUUAUCAAAAUGACAUUCAUGUGUUAGUUAUUUGUGAUUUUGUGUUGUGGUUACAUCAAGUUAUACUGUGAUUUUUGUCAGCAGCGCACUGAGUGUAGUUCAAAUGUGACUUGUUUUAUGGAACUGUUCAGGCUUUGGGCCUUUCAUUUCAAUCCAAAGGAAACCUUGAUUUUUAUAAAGAGAAACAUGCGUUUUUAUCUAAUAUUUCCUUCUUUUUAUUUGGUAAAGGUUCUUGUUAUGAUGAUAACCGAUUUACCAUACUAAUGUCAGUAUUUCGCUGAAACAAUAUUAGAUGUGUAAUCUAUGAAGACAAUCAAAAUAAAUGCCCUUUGUUCUGGUCUCCAAGCACAAAAAAAGACUUGUGUGGGGAAGGGAAAUUUCAUUGCCCAUUACAUGCAUUCAAUAUUCUGAUGUCUUCCUUUAUUGGUUGUUUGUCUGGUUAUUAAAAGGUUCAUUGUGUUCAAAUGUGUGCUCUCUGUCUUAGGUAAAGUCAAGGAUGAUGAUAAAUGUUUAUAUUUUAUAUGAAAUGUUAUGAGGCAUUCAAAUCUAAGAAUUUUAUUUUGAAUUGCCUAGAUUGUGUAUUCUUACAUUGUAAUAUAAUUAACAACUUUGAAUUGAUAUCUCUAUGAAAAACAGAUUGGAUAAGUGAUAAAAUAGGUUUUUUAUUUUCUUUGUUGGCUUGUACUAUUUUGUCACAUAUUAGCCAAUUACAGUUUGAACAGAUCUGA